UAGUUCAUAAUUCAGGCUGGUUCCGCGCCUGAAGAGAUAUAAUGCUUUCUUUAAGAGCAUUUAUUGCAUUGAACAGCUAUCAACAUAAUAAGCAAAUUGUAACAUAAGUUUUUUGUCGAAAGAAGCAAUAUGAAUUUUGACCUAGAUGCCAUUAGCAAAUGGUAUUAAAGCAAUAUAACUGUGUGACAUCUGUAAUAAAGCCUGUUUUCAAAGAAUUGUUACCGUGCAUUUUGACUUGUUACUGUGCACUUGUUAUGCAAGUGGAAGUUUUCAAGUAAAACUUUUGUGAAUGAGCGUAAUAUGCUGUGUUCUGAAUGUAAAAUUACUCCAGAUAUUCGGAGGGCUAUCAGCUAGCUUCACGGAAAAAAUAGCAAGCUUCUCCGGAACUAGGGCAAGAUUCCACUGAGUUUCAUGUUUCAAAGAUGAAGCACAUCAAGUACAAAGUUUUUUUUAUCGGAUCAGUUUUGCUGUUUUUCAGCUUUGCAAUCAUUGUAAUGAUUCUUAGCGAAUGGAAAAUUUCAAAGGGCAGCUUAGAAUCAGACGUAUUACACGAACAGCAAAAUCCAUUCCACAGCGUGAAAGCAUCAGGACAAAAGGCAGAAACAACAACAAUUCAAAAUGUAGGAAUUACGACAACAAAGAAAUCUUCAACUUUUUUGACAUCAACAGCUGUUUCGCCGAUUAAGGAAAUGACGACAAGUCAGACUAUCACGAGCAAAGAUUCAUUAACAUCAAGUAAAGAGCCCGUAAAAACAACGGGAGUACCAACUAGUAGUUAUUCAUCAUUAUCAACAACCGAAGCUCAGUCGACAACAAUAAUAAGACAACAGUCAACAACAACAGAAAAGGCAACAGUCACGCAAAAUGCUGUAACCACAAAAGCGAAAAUACCAGCAACAACAACGCAGCAGAGAACUACUACGCAAGAAAAGAAUACAACACCUAGAACAACAGAAACGACAACAACAACAAAAACAACAACAGCAACCACAACAACGAAGGAAAAAACAACGACUCAAGCACCAACAACAACACAAACAGAAUCAACAAUACCAGCAACAACAACGCAGCAGAGAACUACCACGCAAGAAGUAAAUACAACACCUACAACAACAGAAACGACGACAAAAACAGCAACAACAGCAGCAUCCACAACAACGAAGGAAAAAACAACGACUAAAGCACCAACAACAAUGCAAACGGUCACCUUGGCAACAACUACAGCUGCUUUAAGUACGACAGCAACAACGACUAGAAUAAGUACAAUGACAACAGCACCUUGGCGUCAGAAGUAUUUUGGUCUUGGCUGCUAUAACUCGAAUGGUGGAACAACUGUUUAUCCUCACCUUGUGGCGAAUCUACGGCCUUUGAUCGACUGGAACAAUAUGACCAAAUCAGUAAUCGCCUGCGCUGAUCACAUUAAGAAGCCAGAGACCAUCCAGUAUUAUGGACAGGAAUUUACGUUCUUUGCUAUCAAAUUCUAUGGUGAAUGCUGGGCUCAAGAUACGACAGCUCAAACUACUUAUUACAGUAGAGGGGACGCUUCUAGUUGUUAUGAAAAGACAGGAGGUGACAGUUCAGUCUAUGCCUACCAUUUUGGUCCUGCAGAAAGACCAACAAACAAAAAUAUCGUUUUUGUUGGAUGUUAUGUUGAUGGAGGAUCAAAGCCUAUAAAGCACAUGAUUGGCAACUUUAAAAUAUCUGGAACUACAAGCGAAUCAGACGGUACGCGUGUUGCAAGCGAUUGUUACAAGUUGGUUUUGGAACGUGGCUACAGCUUGUUUGGACUAAAGAAUAAAGGUGAAUGCUGGUCAGGCCCGGAUGCACACAUGACUUACAACAAAGACGGAGUUGCAACUGACUGUGUCCACGGCCUAGGCUCAACAAACUCUUUCUCUGUUUAUAAACUAGAAUCGUAGACAUAUACUUAUUGCGAAAACUUUGUUAGCGAUUUGUCGCAUCAAAAACUGUUGCUUGGGUUUGUGAAGAAUUUGUAAAGCAAAUAAAGUCCAAGGUUUGAAACGCUUCUUUGGGUAUCAGGAUUUUGUAUAUCGUUGAAGAAGCAGAAACUACGAUUUAGUUUCAGUCAUUCCGAUGAUCUGAAGUGAAGAAGACCAAAAAUCGUACAGCAUUAACUACUUUACUGUUUCUAGUUAGUCAUAGGUGCAUUGUCACAAGCAUCCUUAAUUGUGUCGCAUUUUACAUAACUGAAACAUUGCACCCAAUUCAAAAAAUACCACAGUAUCACAAAA